UUCACAACCAAUUUAGGGUCUAUUUUUAUCUUUAUCAAAUCGUCAAUCAUCAAUAACAAAAGCGCCACCGCAGCCGCCGCCGUAGAAUCCUAGGGUAAAGAUGCCGAAGAACAAGGGAAAGGGAGGAAAGAACAGGAAGAGAGGGAAGAACGUGGCGGAUGACCUGAAAAGAGAGCUGAUUUUCAAGGAGGACGGGCAGGAGUACGCGCAGGUGAUCAAGAUGAACGGAAACGGGCGCUGCGAAGCCCAGUGCAUCGACGGCGUGACGCGUCUCUGUCACAUCCGUGGAAAGCUGCACAAGAAGGUUUGGAUCAACGUCGGCGACACGGUCCUCGUUGGUCUCCGGGAAUACCAGGACGACAAGGCCGAUGUGAUCCUCAAGUACAUGGCGGAUGAGGCCAGGUUGUUGAAGGCUUAUGGUGAAUUGCCCCCUAACUUUAAGGUCAACGAGACUCUUGACCAGGAAGAAGAGGGUGGCAAUGAUGAUGACUAUUUUGCCUUCGAGGAAGAAGACAUUGACAGGGUCUGAGAAACCACCCUGCUGAUUGCCUUGCACUUUGUUUCUAUUCCACUCGUAGUAUUUGCAGAUUAUCAACUGUUGUUCUUUAGCUAUUGAAUUUUUUUUUGUAAUGUUCUUGUUCGCAGAGUAGGAUAGACCGAUUGUUUAUCUUUCUUUUUUUCCCCAUUUUGCUCUUUCAAUCUCAAUGAAAUUUUUGCAAUUCUGAUUUUUACCACGAG